AUGAAAAAUUUGUUUCGGACAACAUCAUUUACUCCAAUGAUUAAAGUCUCUACUAAUGGAUUAGUAGCUGUUGGAGGAAAUAAUAUUUGUUAUAUAACAAAUCCAACAAAUGGUUUUAUCACUAAUUUUGAUAUGCCAUCAGACCAAGACAAUGUUGAUGUAGGUAAUUUUGAGCCUUCAAAUUUAAUUUUUCUUGUUCCAUCUAAUGAAGCAAAGAAUAGUAUUCAUACUGUUACUUCAAUGUGUUGGAAUAAAACUAAAAGUGAUGAACAAGAACGAUUAUUAGUUUCUUGGAAUUGUCAUUCAUUAGUUGUUUAUACAGAAAAAACAGAACAAACUACACCAUCUUCAUUAUGGUGUAUAUCAAAUGAUAUUUCACAUAUAAUUAAUUUGUAUUUUAAGGAAUUAUGGGGAAAAAGUGUAGAACAUAAAAUAAAUAAUGAAGAAUAUAUUAAAAGAAAAUAUUCAUUAUUUAUUGUAGAUGCACAAUUUACUGAUAAAAAUGAUAUUGCAGUAUUAACAGGAAAUACAUUCAUGAUAUUAUCAGAACCUUAUGACUCUAUAAUUUCUAUUAACUUAAAAAUGUAUUCAAAACAUUUUGUAUCAUUUCAAAAAAAUGAAACUACACACUUUAUCUUUGGAAGAAUUGAUGGGUGUUUAGAUUUGUUAGAAUUUAAAAAUAAAUCAUUCACAUUUGUUAAAACAGAAAUUAUGGAAAAAGAUUAUUGUGUUCCUCUUUCAAUUAUUAUUUAUCAAGAUAAAAUAUUUGUAUUAAAAUCAACUCAAAUAAAGGUUGUAGAUCUUAAAACAUUUCAAUGUAUUUCAUCAUUAGAAAUAGGACUUUGUACUACAUGUUGUUUGAAUACAGAGUCAUCAUUAUUGUUUCAAGACUAUCAAUUUAAUAUUAAGAAAUUAAAUCUUAAUAAUAAUGAAAUUAGUACUAUUGCAAAUAAUAUUGUUUCAUUUGAUUUGUCUUCUGAAGGAAAUAUUUAUUCAUUAAUUCCAUUACAAAAUUCAUUAAGUAGAUCAGUAUUUCCCAAUCAUUUAUUAGUAAUUUAUAAAAGAGAUAAAGGAAUGGAAGAAAUAAAAGAAAAUGAAAUACCCAAAAUUAAUGAAGAACUUAGUUCAUUAUGGAAAGAAUAUGAUUUAAAUUUAACAAAUUUAAUAACAGAAGAUAGUGUUAUUAGAAAUGAAUCAAUAAAUGAAAUUAAUCAAUUACAAAUAGAUAUUACUGCAAAUAUUUUAUUAAAAUGGAUUACUUAUUUAAAGUCUGAAGGAAUUAUAUUAUCAAAGUUACCAACAUUUAUUCAUGAUUUACUUCAAAGAUAUUUUUGUUUUAUUGGUAAUUAUGAACUACCAAAUUGGACUAAUGAAUAUAAAGGAAUAUUUGAAUAUACAUGUCCAUUAUGUAAACAGUCUUGUAUUAUUAAAAAGAAUCAAAUUGUAUGUCCAUUGAGUCACUGUUUUAAACUUUGUGUAAUAACUAAACAACCAGUAGUUAAAGUUUAUAAAUCUUGGAAAUGUAUGAGAUGUAAUAGUUGUUCAAUAUUUCCAUUACUUUCAUCACAUGAACAAGAAUUAUUAAAACCAUUAUUAAACACAAUUCAAUGUACAUCAACAACCUGUUUUUAUUGUGGCUCAGGAUUAAAGAAUUUGCUUUAUAUUUGA